AGCCUGAAUGAAUGACUGUGUUCUCAGUCCUGCCCAGAGUCUCGAAUCAUGCUGGUUGUCUCGGAGGAAAACAAAGCUUGAGACCCAAGAUGAAGGCAGAGAAGGAGGCUCCUUCAAAAGCCAAAUUAAUUCCCCAGAUCUUAUUGCUCAUGUGUCUCGGUUCCUUCCAUUCAGGUGGGGUGCUGGCCGUGAACAUGACGAUCCCCAACACUCUCAUUAGAGGUACAGUCGGGGGGGAGGCGCUGCUGUCUGUCCGCUACAAUAGCUUCAGCCUCGACCUGCCGGUCAUCAAGUGGCAGCUCAAGAGGGAAAAGUCUGUCACUGUUGUCCAGUCGAUCGGGACUGACAUCAUCGGGACUCUGAGGCCUGAGUAUCGUGACCGCAUCCUGGUGUUUGAGAAUGGGACUCUGCUUCUCCACAACCUCCGACUCUCUGAUGACGGAACUUAUGACGUGGAGAUCUCCAUCACAGAUGAUACGUUUACAGGAGAGGGCAGCAUCACGCUCACUGUGGAUGAGUUCAUAUCGAGGCCCUUUAUCCACAUGGAGACUUCAUCAGUGCUGGAGCUCAGCGAAAACGUCGUCCUCAACUGCUCCCAUGACAAUGGAACCAAGACUGCAUACAGGUGGUUCAAAGGCGGGAAGCCACUGGUCAAUGCGACGAGGUUCGUGUUGUCGCCUGACCAGAAGCUCUUGACCAUCAGACGGGUGUUGAUGGCGGAUGAUGACAUCUACAGCUGCUCGGUGGAGAAUCCUGUGGGCAAUACGACAAGCCUGCCUAUCAGACUGACUGUCUACAGAAGAAGCUCCCUCUAUAUCAUCCUCUCCACUGGAGGCAUCUUCCUCCUCAUCACCUUGGUAACAGUAUGUGCCUGCUGGACACCUUCCAAAAAGCAAAAGCAUCAAGCGAGAAAGUCUCUUUCCAGCUUGUAUGACCACUCUGACUGCGCACCACUCAAUCACACAGAUGAUGUGCUUCCAAAGAGAACAGAGCAUAAUGGAGUUAAUGCUGUAACUUCACUUUACAUCCUGCAGCAAAAGGAUCCCUCCACGGAUGACUCAUCCAGCAACAGUAUUGGAUCUCCUUCUGAACUUGACAACCCGCCAUGCUACACCAGUUCGCCUAACUACUCCGAUUCACUUACUCAGUCUACUGGGUCCCCUACCCGCUCCUCCCUCAGGUAUACCUGAAAGCCCACCAGUCUAAACUCUCCACAUCGCAGCAAGUGUACAGUACCUACUGUAUACUGUUCCUGGCAACUUCCUGCACAUCCGCCCGGAGUUUGGGAAAGAUCUCAAAAACCUUUUUUCUGGGGUUGUACAAUAAUGUCAUUGCUGCCUAUUGAUAUGUUUGAAUUAAAAGUAAACUUUAACUUAAAUAUAAGUUGCUUUUAAAGUUAGAAGCACCACCUGUUGAGAAAUAUAUAUAGGUAGUCUGACAUCAGAUACGAUUUAAAACAGCUUUGAAUUCUCUGUUUGGGUUUACCACUAACCACCAUUGUUGUUGGUUACUGGAACUACGAAAUUUGGGAAAUGGCAUGGAGUAUACGCGAAACUGAGGAGGAAAUGCAGCUCUAGUGAGAUAGAGAUACUUCUCUUAUGCUUUAUUGUCAAUUCAAAUGUCAUCACCAAACAAGAUGUGGUUUGUUAUGUUAAAAAAAAACCGUUGGUAAACAAAAUCCUCAGAAAUGAUGAUUUUAAAAAUCUUUUACAGUGUUAUGUGUGAUAUUUUCUGAAGUAUUGAUGAAAUGAAAUAAACUUUGCCAUAUUUUGUGAAAUAAUGUAAAUUACUAUUUUAGUUAUACUAGAUGAUUUAAUAGCAUUUUAGUGAGAAGAUAGACAAAGACAUGUUGGUUCAAUUUUAUACAAACCUAAAUAAAAUGUGAAAUAUU